AGCAAGUGGUUGUCCUAGGUACUCCCUGCGCCGGGACAGUUAACAUGCGUAGUCUGGGUCGUCGUCGUCGUCGUCGUCGUCGUCUAUAUAAAGAUCAAGCUAGCUAGCCGGCCGGGUGUCCAGGAUCGAGAGACGCAUGCACUGACGCUUCUGUUCUGUCCUCUCCUUGUGUCGAUCGAUCGAGAGGAAGACGACGACCGAAGGAGCUGGGCGAGGCGAGGAAGAAGAACAGUAGUGGGAGAUCGACCACGACGUCGUCGUCCAUGGGAAGCACCGGCGACUGCGGUAAUGGAGCGGCGGUGGCCGGCGGCGGCUUGGUGGUGCCGGAGAUCAAGUUCACCAAGCUCUUCAUCAACGGCGAGUUCGUCGACGCCGCCUCCGGCAAGACAUUCGAGACAAGGGACCCACGGACAGGCGAUGUCCUAGCCCACAUUGCAGAGGCUGACAAGGCUGAUGUGGACCUCGCGGUCAAGGCCGCAAGAGAGGCCUUCGAGCAUGGAAAGUGGCCCCGCAUGUCAGGCUAUGAGAGGAGUAGGGUGAUGAACAAGCUGGCCGACCUGGUGGAGGAGCACGCCGACGAGCUGGCGGCGCUGGACGGCGCCGACGCCGGGAAGCUGCUGACGCUGGGCAAGAUCAUCGACAUGCCCGCCGCGGCGCAGAUGCUACGGUACUAUGCCGGCGCGGCCGACAAGAUCCACGGCGAGGCCCUGCGCGUGGCCGGCAAGUACCAGGGGUACACCCUCAAGGAGCCCAUCGGCGUCGUCGGCGUCAUCAUCCCCUGGAACUUCCCCACCAUGAUGUUCUUCCUCAAGGUCAGCCCCGCCCUCGCCGCAGGCUGCACCGUCGUCGUCAAGCCCGCCGAGCAGACGCCCCUCUCCGCUCUCUACUACGCUCACCUCGCCAAGCUGGCCGGAGUUCCAGAUGGAGUGAUCAACGUCGUCCCGGGAUUCGGGCCGACCGCCGGCGCGGCCAUCUCCUCCCACAUGGACGUCGACAGUGUUGCUUUCACUGGCUCUGCCGAAAUUGGCCGUACCAUCAUGGAGUCAGCCGCACGGAGCAACCUGAAGAAUGUGUCUCUUGAGCUCGGUGGCAAGUCCCCGAUGAUAGUGUUCGACGACGCCGAUGUCGACAUGGCUGUUACUCUGUCAACUCUUGCAGUUUUCUUCAACAAGGGAGAGAUUUGUGUGGCCGGUUCUCGCGUCUAUGUUCAAGAAGGGAUCUAUGAUGAGUUUGUGAAGAAGGCCGUGGAGGUUGCCAGGAACUGGAAAGUUGGAGACCCUUUUGAUGCUACCACCAAUAUGGGUCCCCAGGUUGACAAGGUGCAAUUUGAGAGGGUUCUCAAGUACAUUGAGAUCGGCAAGAGAGAGGGAGCAACUCUCCUCACAGGAGGCAAGCCCACUGGUGACAAAGGGUACUACAUUGAGCCUACAAUAUUUGUUGAUGUCAAGGAGGACAUGACGAUUGCCCAAGAAGAGAUCUUUGGCCCCGUGAUGUCCCUCAUGAAGUUCAAGACGGUUGAGGAGGCGAUAGAGAGGGCGAACUGCACCAAGUACGGGCUGGCGGCGGGCGUCGUGACCAAGAACCUGGACAUCGCCAACAGGGUGUCGAGGUCGGUGCGCGCGGGCACCGUGUGGGUGAACUGCUACUUCGCCUUCGACCCCGACGCGCCGUUCGGCGGCUACAAGAUGAGCGGCUUCGGCCGCGACCAGGGGUUGGUCGCCAUUGACAAGUACCUGCAGGUCAAGAGCGUCAUCACCGCCGUCCCCGACUCGCCCUGGUAUUAGGGCUAGGUGCAUGGCAACCUCUGCUUCAGUUUCAGAGCUUCCUUGCUGGCCUUUGCUUCGAUCGAUCGUCUGCCUGCACCUGCAGUAGUUAGUAGUGUGGUGUUUGGGGUGUUUGUUUCCUUUCGAUCUGCUCUGCUUCCUGAUGUGGUUUGUGUUGGAUGGAGGUGAGAUGUGAUGUGAUGGUGCAGGUGUUCUUCUGGUCCUUGUCUGAAAUGGUUGAUCAGAGUGGAUGUGUACAACUCGUGUUCCAUCGUUUGAAAUAGUAGGAAAAAAAAUGUUCUUUGCUGAA